AUGGAGGCGUAUCCUGCUUCGCGCCACCCGCUGCAUGCCCGCUUGCACUCUGAAACCACCCUUCGCGCCCCCGCGUCCAACCACCAAUGGCGGCCCUUAGUUCCGACGUCUCGCUAUCAGCUUCUCCGGCAUUCUGUAUCGCUACGGUGGUCGCGUCUACCCGGUCGGCAGAGCGGGAACCUCGCGCGGAGCCGCGGUCAUUUCAGCCGGCCCAUCGCUGCCGCGAGCGGCGAAGACGCGGAUGGAAUUGCUGCGAACGAAGCAGAUAAUAUCGGGGAUAAGGGUGCAGGGGCGAGUGCAAAGGCGGAGAGCGCGGAGCUGGCGGACAUCCUGGCGCGCGUGCACGAGGAGAUGGCGGAGGCCACCCGCGCCCAGGCGGACGGGCGCGCGUCGAUCCUGCGGAGCAUGGGGCGCGAGGGCGGCGGGGAGGGCGAGGCGGGCGAGCAGCUUCUGCUGGAGCUGCUGCAGGCGGAGGAGCAACGGCGCAUGCGCGCGCCGGGGGACGCGGAGGAGGCGGAGGAGGACGCAGGGUCUUGGGAAGGAAGUGACGGCGCGCAAGGCGGAAAGGAAUACAGGCUCCCCCCACCCUUCUUCCCGCGUCCUACUGACUCCGCGGCCCUCCCCGCCGCUUCCGCAGAGCCUGGCGCUGCUGGCGGCGAUGGGGGGAGUGAUGAGAGCAGAGGCGCGGGCAUCGAUCGGGGGAGUGAGGGCGCGGGUCAACUCGAGACGCGGCAGGAGCAGGGGGAAGGGGGCGAGGAGGGCGGUAGGGGGACGGGGGAGCAGGAGGUGCCGGAGGGGUCAGUGGUGCGGGAGCAGCUGGCGGGGCGGCCAGAGCUGUGGCGCGGCGUGCACGUGGCGGGCGCAACGUGGGCGGGCGCGGGGGUAGCGGAAGGGGCGGGGGCUGGGCCGGGGCGAGGGGAGAGACCGGGGGAAGGAGGAGCGGGGGCGCCUGGGCCAGGGCAGAGCGGAGGGGGGGAGGCAGCGGCGGGCAGCGGAACGUACCUGCAGGCGCGCGCGCUGCUGUCGAACAUGGCGAAGAGCAUGGAGCAGCUUGAGAGCGGGCUGUCCGCCCGCCACAAGGUACCCGUGUGUGUGCACCGCCAUGCCCGGUCCCCGUGCCGUGCUGGACCAGAGAUGGGCGAGUCAACGCAGUUCAUCACGGGCAUCCGCUCCAGCGAACCAGCUGCCGGCCAGGUGGGCGCCAGGCCACGUGGGUGGCAGGGCACGUGGGCGCCAGGCCACGUGGGUGGCAGGGCACGUGGGUGGGAGGGCACGUGGGUGGCAUGGCACGUGGGUGGCAGGGCACGUGGGUGGCAUGGCACGUGGGUGGCAGGGCACGUGGGUGGAAGGGCACGUGGGUGGCAGGGCGUGUGGGUGGCAGGGCGUGUGGGUGGCAUGGCACGUGGGUGGCAUGGCACGUGGGUGGCAGGGCACGUGGGUGGCAGGGCGUGUGGGUGGCAGGGCGUGUGGGUGGGGCUAUCGUGGGUGGUGGGGUGCGGGGAUGGGGUUGGUGUGCCUGAUGCUGUGCUCCUAGCGCAUGCUCACAGCAUUGCUGGCGCCGGCAGCGGGCAGGGUCACUGGUGGGAGCAGCAGGUUGGGUGUGGUAUCAGGUUGGGUGUGGUAGCAGGUUGGGUGUGGUAG